UCCUGUAUUACUUCCUGGUAUUAGGGUGGGGAAACGCCGAUGAAGCUUUGGCAUUACAUGUAACCUAUAACGCACAGGAUCUCACCAAAGCUAUUAACCACAGCGGCAGUCACAAGUGAAAGACUGGCACUGUGAGGAGAGACUGAGAAGUUGUGCAACAUCUCAAGAAGUGCUAAAUAAAGAGACAGACCUCUGGACAAAAAUUAUCCCAGUGUCAGGUAUCCACAAUGGCCUUCAGAAAGGUGGUGAAGGGGACCCUCAUAGGGGGAGGGGCGGUGGCUGCUGUCUUUGGCGUGUCUCAGCUUCUGGAGUACAGAAAGACUCAGCCAAAAUUGAGUCGCCUGGCGUAUGUGGAAGCCCAGGGAGAGCUGAAGAUGCCGUUUCAGGACGCCCUCCCUACACGACAGGAGCAGCUGAACAUGCUCCGUGACACCCCCGAGUUUGACGUCCUGGUGGUGGGUGGUGGGGCCACCGGGGCGGGCUGUGCCUUAGACGCUAUCACACGCAAUCUGAAGACUGCUCUGGUGGAGAGGAAUGAUUUCUCGUCGGGCACGAGCAGCAGGAGCACUAAGCUGAUCCAUGGUGGUGUGCGCUAUCUGCAGAAAGCCAUCAUGAAUUUAGAUUAUGAGCAGUACAUGAUGGUGAAAGAGGCCCUGGAGGAGCGCUCCAACCUGCUGGACAUCGCUCCUCACCUGUCAGCUCCACUACCCAUCAUGCUUCCUGUUUACAAGUGGUGGCAGCUACCCUACUAUUGGGCCGGGAUAAAGAUGUACGACGUGGUGGCCGGAUCGAAGUGCCUGAAGAGCAGCUACGUCCUGAGCAAGAGCAAAGCCCUGGAGCUCUUCCCCAUGCUGAAGAAGGACAAGCUGGUCGGUGCCAUCGUCUACUAUGAUGGUCAACACAAUGACGCGCGCAUGAACCUGGCCAUCGCUCUCAGCGCAGCCCGACACGGAGCUGCCGUCGCCAACUACACCGAGGUGCUGGAGCUCCUCAAGAGCACCGACCCAAAGACCGGCACGGAGAAAGUGUGUGGAGCCCGCUGCAGAGACGUCGUCACAGGUCAGGAGUUUAAUGUGCGGGCCAAGUGCGUCAUCAACGCCACUGGUCCCUUCACAGACUCGCUGCGGAAGAUGGACAAUCAGGCGACGGCCAACAUCUGCCAGCCCAGUGCUGGCGUCCACAUCGUCAUUCCCGGCUACUACAGUCCAGACAACAUGGGGCUGCUGGACCCAGCCACCAGCGAUGGGCGGGUCAUCUUCUUCCUGCCAUGGGAGAAGAUGACCAUCGCUGGGACGACCGACACACCCACUGACGUCACCGCCCACCCUAUUCCCAGGGAGGAGGACAUCAACUUCAUCCUGAACGAGGUUCGCAACUACCUUAGUGCCGACGUGGAAGUGAGGAGGGGGGAUGUCUUAGCAGCCUGGAGUGGUAUCAGACCGCUGGUCACGGACCCCAACUCCAAGGAUACCCAGUCGAUCUGCCGCAAUCACAUUGUCAACAUCAGUGGUAGUGGACUGGUCACCAUCGCUGGUGGUAAGUGGACUACAUACCGCUCCAUGGCUGAAGAGACGCUGGACGCAGCAGUGAAGGCCCACAGCUUAACCGCUGGGCCCAGCAGAACCAUGGGACUCGUCCUGGAGGGGGGCAAGGACUGGACCCCCACCCUCUACAUUCGCCUGGUGCAGGACUACGGGCUGGAGAACGAGGUGGCUCAGCACCUGGCUGCGACCUAUGGAGGGAAGUCCUACGACGUGGCCAAGAUGGCGCAGGUGACAGGGAAGAGGUGGCCCAUCGUUGGGAAGCGCCUGGUCUCGGAGUUCCCCUACAUCGAGAGUGAGGUUCUGUACGCCAUAAAGGAGUACGCGUGCACGGCCAUCGACGUGAUCGCCCGGCGCACGCGGCUAGGCUUCCUGAACGUGCAGGCGGCGGACGAAGCGCUGCCCCGCAUCGUGGAGAUCAUGGCCAAGGAGCUGCGCUGGAGCGAGCAGAAGAGUCAGGAGGAGCUGGAUGCAGCAAAGAAGUUCCUCCAUCAAGAGAUGGGCUACAAGACCCGCGCUGAACAGAUGACGAAGGCCUCAGAGAUCUCCCUCAACGAGCAGGAGGUCAACAGGUAUAAGAAGCGUUUCUACCGCUUCGAUAAGGAGAGCAAAGGUUUCAUCACCAUAGUGGACGUGCAGCAGGUCUUGGCGAGACUCAGCAUGCAGAUUGACGAGAAUGCCCUCCAUGAAAUCCUCAACGAGGUGGACUUAAAUAAGAACGGACAGGUGGAGCUGGACGAGUUCCUGCAGCUCAUGAGUGCGGUGAAGAAGGGCCAGGUGUCUGACAGCCGAUUGGCCAUCCUCAUGAAGACGGUUGAGGAGGGGCUGGACCAGAGAGGCCCUGUGUCGGUCGACCGCAGCGGGGGCGGGGUCUAAGGCCUCCCUUCUGACCUCAGAGCCCUGCCCCCUUUAACCCUCAGAAUCAGACAGAGAUGGAAACUUCUGGUUCAGAGAGUAAAUGCAAACCCCCCCCACCCCCCUCCCCCCCCCACACACACACACACACCCCCACCCACACACAUAUCUGCAUAUUUUACUCAUAAGCACUUGCCCAGGAAGUAGACGUCAGAUGGCCUAACAUGUGUGGGGCAAAAUCUGAGGUAUCAUUUCUUACUCUCUGAACCCGAACCUCUCCUACCUCUGGUCCCUGACUGGGGACUGGUCGACUGCCUCAGCCUUUUAUUGGUCCAGACGGUCCAUCACAAUGACCAAUGAUCUUCAUCCAACCAGUUAUUUGCCUUGUCAUUCUCUCAUUCUCAUACAUUCCUCUUUUUCUAUGCGCCUGUGUGACACUGAGGCAAAGUCAAACACACUGAUUGAGAAUCUAUUUAGAUCUCACAUGCUUGUUUUUAUAUUUUGUAUUUCGUGGUAAAUGAUCAAACGCUUCAUUUGUGCAAUUGACGCUGUUUUUGUACGCUGCGAUGUGUUUUUAUUAUGAUUUUAAUCACAGGUAUCUGUGAUGAAGGGCUAAGGGGGUUUGCCUGUUCUGUCAUCAGCAUGAUUAGCACGUUAGCGCUUUUGGCUUCUUUAAAAAAAAAAAACAAGCUCAAGGAGGCGGCUAGGAAACACGGCCUCCUCACGCCGUUGCUGUUUUGUUGGCAAACGUGGAAUAUUCUAGACGAGAAGACGGAUAAACAUAGUGAGCUUGUGACUUCUUUUGUGUUUCUUUUUUGUUUUGUUCUUGAUGCUGUUGUCCUGAACUAGCCACUGUGCCAUGUGCUUUACUGGGUUGAAUGAAGCCGUUUGUAUGCUUUGCUGAUGAGUCAGUCAAGCCGCUGCUUUCAAAUACUGUGCUUCUCUGCCGUGCCAUUUUAUUAGCAGUGUGGUAUUCAUAUUAGGAAAACACUCCGUUCAAAGAAAGGCUUCUCUGUUGUGGCUAUGGUGUGGUUUACACUGCUUGCGACCCCACUUAAAGGGGAACGCUUCCCAUUUUGAAAAGUGUCAGAAAUCUUUAUAGGCUAUGAACAUCAUUGGGCCAUUGUUAUUUGCAACAAUCCGUUGUGCAGUUCCUUUAUGGGAAAAAAUCUUCAGAGAAAAAAAUCAAAGGAAUUUUUGGGUGGAAACGUCUGGGUUUGAUGUUUAAUGUGUUGAUUGGGUACUGUCACCUGACACUUACAGAUUGUAAACUGCUCCUAAGCUUCAAGAAGGUCGCUAUAGGAAAAGCAAACUCAUUUUUUAAAAGCCUGAGAUUAAAAAGGGAUUGUAGUUUUGGAGUACUUUUAAGGUUUUCAAACGCCUUAUUUGCCACUUUGAUGACAACUUCCUUAUAUAGUGCGUUGGGGACUUUGGGUUAGUACUAAGCAACUUAAUGCACCUUCAGCUCCAAGUCUCUCAAGUUUACAUGGAUAACUGCUUCACUCUUAACUGCUCCUUUACAUCGGAAAUUUAUCUAUUUUAGAUUUUCUUCUUUCAUCUUGAUGUGGUUUUACUAUACCUAUUUAUUAUUUCCCCUGUCCUAUUUGUGCUUUUAAUAGGACACAUUAAUUAUGCUUUUUUUUUAUUUAUACAAGAAUGUUUAUGGAAAAUUACUAUGCUUGGUUACUUAGCUGUCCUGAAAUGGUAUUUUGUGUUUUGUAUGGUAUGGUGGAAGCCUUCCGUGUGUCUGUGUGGUUGUUGUUGUUGUUUUUGUGGUGUCUAAAUGUUGUUUGUGGGUGACGCAGGGAGCUAGUCGCACAUUAAUGCAGGAGUAAAGGGAUCGUAUCAGAUGUGCCUUUGUCUCUGGUGGUCAUGAAUGUGUGGGUGAAUGCAUCUGCAUGUCGCACUACCUGCCAAUCAGUCACCGAUGCAUGCAAAACAAAACAGGACCAAUGACACAGCCUUUCAUUCAGGGAUGCUACUAGAUGCAAAUAAUACAGAUAAUACUACUACUACUACUAUUAUUAUUAUUAUUAAUAAUAAAAAAAAUAGUAAUGCUAAUA